AUGGCGAGCGUCGAAAAACCGUCUACGCUGCGGCUCGACGUGGUCAACACGCGGUCCCGCGCGACGAGCAACGCCGACACCAUCCUCUCGGCCGUCUCCAAUCCCUUCCUGACGCCCUCGGCGACGAGCACGGCCUCGAGGAUCAGCCAUGAGCUGUCGGAGGCGCUGCUGCCCGAUCCCGGCAGCGAGGCCGACUUCCGCGUCGACGGCCGCAACCCCUUCGCCUUCUCGCCCGGACAGCUCAACAAGCUGCUGAACCCCAAGUCGCUCGCCGCCUUCCGCGCCCUUGGCGGUCUUGCCGGCAUCGCCCGUGGCCUCCAGACCGAUACCGCGGCCGGUCUCAGCGUCGACGAGACGACCGCCCCCGGCACCGUGUCCUUUGACGACGCCGUCGGGUCGACCUCGUCACCUUGGCCCGCCCAUAGCCCCUCCUUGUCCGCAGACGCCGCCGUCGCCGCCGCCGCCUCGGACCCUUUUUCCGACCGCAUCCGCGUCUACCAGCGGAACGUGCUGCCGGCGAAGAAGCCGACGCCCCUCUGGAAGCUCAUGUGGAACGCCUACAACGACAAGGUGCUCAUCCUCCUCACCGUCGCCGCCGUCAUCUCCCUCGCCCUCGGCCUGUACGAGACGUUCGGCGUCGAGAAGAAACCGGGGGCACCGGCCGCCGUCGACUGGAUCGAGGGCGUCGCCAUCUGCGCCGCCAUCAUAAUCGUCACCGCCGUCGGAUCCCUCAACGACUGGCAAAAGGAGAAGGCGUUUGUCAAGCUCAACGCCAAGAAGGAGGACCGUGAGAUCAAGGUGAUCCGCUCCGGCAAGUCCUUCAUGAUCAAUGUCUGCGAGAUCCUCGUCGGCGACGUCUUGCACCUGGAGCCCGGCGACUUGGUUCCCGUCGACGGGAUCCUGAUAGAAGGCCACGAUUUAAAGUGCGACGAGUCCUCGGCCACGGGCGAGUCGGACGCGCUCAAGAAGACGGGUGGCCAUCAAGUCAUGCGAGCUCUCGACGCUGCCCAGCGCACAAAGGACCUCGACCCUUUCAUCAUUUCCGGCGCCAAAGUUCUCGAAGGAAUGGGCACGUUUGUCUGCACCUCCGUCGGCGUCAACAGCAGCUUUGGCAAGAUCAUGAUGUCGGUUCGCACCGAGGUGGAAGCGACGCCCCUUCAAAAGAAGCUCGAAGGUCUAGCUCUCGCCAUCGCGAAGCUCGGCGCCGCCGCCGCCACCCUUCUCUUCUUCGUCCUGUUCUUCCGCUUCGUAGCCGGCCUUCCGGGAAGCAGUCGUCCGCCGACGGAAAAGGUGUCCUCGUUCAUGGACAUUCUCAUCGUCGCCAUCACCAUCAUCGUCGUCGCCGUUCCCGAGGGUUUACCCCUUGCCGUCACCCUGGCGCUGGCCUUUGCCACCACGAGGCUCCUCAAGGAGAACAACCUCGUCCGCAUGCUCCGCGCUUGCGAGACUAUGGGAAAUGCGACGACUAUCUGCUCCGACAAGACCGGUACUCUGACCACCAACAAGAUGACCGUAGUCUCGGGCACCUUUGGAGGUGCCAGCUUCGCCAGGACGGAGUUGGAGAAGCCUACGGCACAAUCGGUCGGCGAGUGGGCGGCCAGCCUGCCAGCAGCCUUGAAGGACUUGAUUGUGCAGUCCGUCAGCAUCAACUCCACCGCCUUCGAGGGGGACGAAGACGGCCAGGCAGUCUUCAUCGGUUCCAAGACAGAGACGGCCCUCUUGCAGCUCGCCAGGGACCAUCUCGGCAUGCAAUCGUUGGCCGAGGCCCGCGCAAACGAGGAAGUCGUGCAGAUGAUGCCUUUCGACUCGGCCAAGAAGUGCAUGGGGGCUGUCAUUAAGCUCCGCUCCGGCUCCGGCUACCGUCUGUUCGUCAAGGGAGCUUCUGAAAUUCUCCUCGGAUAUUGUUCACGGAAGAUCGAUCAGUCGUCGAUGGACGACGGCUCCGCCUCCUCCUCCCUCUCCGACGACGAUGUCGAGUCCUUGCGUGCGACGAUUGACGAGUACGCGAGCAAGUCUCUGCGGACCAUCGGCCUCGUCUACAGAGACUACGAGGCAUGGCCGCCCGCUCAGGCCGAGGUCAAAGACGGACACGUCGAGUUUUCCUCCCUCCUCGCAGGCCUCGCAUUCAUCGGCGUCGUCGGCAUCCAAGAUCCGGUGCGACCGGGUGUGCCUGAAGCUGUCAAGAAGGCGCAGCACGCCGGCGUUGUCGUGCGAAUGGUCACUGGCGACAACGUCACCACGGCCAAGGCCAUAGCCACCGAAUGCGGCAUCUACACCGACGGUGGCAUCGUCAUGGAGGGCCCCGUCUUCCGCAAGCUGUCCGUCCAGGCCAUGGAUGAGAUCCUGCCCCGCUUGCAAGUCCUCGCAAGAUCCUCCCCGGAAGACAAGAGGGUCCUCGUCACGAAGCUCAAAGCGCUCGGUGAGACGGUUGCCGUGACGGGCGAUGGUACCAACGACGCGCCGGCUCUGAAGGCCGCCGACGUCGGCUUCUCCAUGGGCAUCUCGGGCACCGAGGUUGCCAAGGAGGCUUCUGCCAUUGUUCUCAUGGACGACAACUUUACUUCCAUCGUCACCGCUCUGAAAUGGGGCCGCGCGGUCAACGAUGCGGUCCAAAAGUUCCUCCAGUUCCAAAUCACCGUCAACAUCACCGCCGUUCUACUGGCCUUUGUCACUGCCGUCUAUGACGAGCACAUGAAGUCGGUUCUGAGAGCCGUCCAGCUUCUAUGGGUGAACCUUAUCAUGGACACCUUCGCCGCGCUGGCGCUGGCCACGGACCCGCCGACCGAGAAGAUUCUCGACCGUCCUCCGCAGGGGAAGAAGGAGCCUCUCAUCACAGUCCGCAUGUGGAAGAUGAUCAUAGGCCAGGCCAUCUUCCAACUCGCCGUCACCUUCACCUUGUACUUUGCCGGAGCCGAGAUGCUUGGCUACGACCGCAGCAGCGCCCAGAAGCGGCUCGAGCUCGACACAGUCAUCUUCAACACAUUUGUGUGGAUGCAAAUAUUCAACCAGUUUAACAACCGGCGGCUCGACAACAAGUUCAACAUCCUCGAGGGCGUGCAUCGCAAUCAGUUCUUCAUCGGCAUCAACUGCCUCAUGGUUGGUCUCCAGGUUGCCAUCAUAUUCGUCGGCUCUCGCGCCUUUGGCAUCAACCCUGCCGGUCUCGAUGGCACCCAGUGGGCCAUCUCGAUCCUCGUCGCCAUCAUGUGUCUGCCGUGGGCCGUCGUCGUACGCCUUUUCCCGGAUCAGUGGUUUGCCAACGUCGCCGCCGUCGUCGGAAAACCUGUCGUCCUUGCCUACAGGGGCAUGGCAAACGUCUUCGCCGCAGUGGCAAAGCCGUUCAAGAAGACGAAGGGGGGAAACAAGGUGGCCCGGGAUGAGGGCCAACUUGAUGCUUCCACUCCGGCAAUUGUAGUGUCGGAUGUGCCAACAAUUGUGGCGACUGAUGUGGAAAAGGGACAGGCAUGA